AUGAACAAUCGCAACACAGUUCACCACGGACCGAAUGGAGCCCAUCUUUGUAUCGUGCAGGAAUUCCUCGGGCCCAGUUUCGCGCUAGACAUUGAGCGUAACUGUGGUUCAUCUUACCUUCCUGAGAGCACAUCCAGUCGGCUCGUUGGCCAACUUAUACUCGCUGUCACCUAUCUCCACAAACGCGGAAUCGCACACGGUGACCUCCAUGCCGGCAACCUCCUCUUGUGUCUUCCCUCUUCGCUCGACCCAGACCUGGACUUGACCACAGUAAUCAGCAAUGACUGGAUGUUGCCCUCCGAACCGUCUCCACACAAACCCCGGUAUCUCAUUGUGCCCAUUUCAAGGCGUCUACGGACCCCUCUCUUCCAAGCCUGCAUGGCAACACCAUCCAUCAAACUCUGCGAUUUCAGUGAAUCUUAUAUGACUGACAUGGCCGACCCACCCCCGUUAGCUUCCCCGGGAUUCCUCCUUCCGCCAGAAGGCAUUUUCGGUGAACUGCCGCAUGCCACCCUUGCAAGCGACAUCUGGGCAGUCGCUGUCGCCAUUUACCAGGUGCUCACGUCCGGCUGUCUGCUGUUCUACGAGACCGAUGGCACGGUAUUGGAGAGAAUGGUCUGUACGCUGGGAAAGUUCCCCGAGCCGCUGUGGUCAGAGUGGGCCGACCGCGCCGAGUCUUUCGACGAAGAGGGGAACCCCAUCACGGACACGUGCCCGAAAAGCUCUCUUCGCCGGAAAGCGAAGGGUUGGACGUCAGAUGAGCACAAACUCUCUGCAUUGGCCGCGAUGUUCGAGACUAUGCUGCGUUACGAUGCAGAGCGCAGAAGUCCAGCUGGGGAUCUCCUUCAGAGCGAGUGGAUGACCAAGUACUGCCGCCCCUACAUGUGCGACGACGUUAUCUUGCCGACUGAGCGCGUCAAAUUGAUAAAUAAUGUUACAUAUCGUACUUACUAA